CCGGGCUCCGCGGGCCCAGGCGGCCCGGAUGGCGGGCGCGGCGGCAGGGCCAGGGGACGGGUAGCCGUGCGCCCCGAGCAGGCCGACGAUGCAGCGCUGGAAGGCGGCGGCCCUGGUCUCCAUGAUCUGCAGCUCCGUGCUGUCCGUGUGGCUGUGUCGCGAGGGUCACCUGCUCGGCCACCGGCUGGGGCCCGCUCUGGCCCCACUGCGCCGCCCGCCGCGCACUCUGGACGCCCGCAUCGCCCGCCUGGCCCAGUACCGCGCGCUGCUGCAGGGCGCCCCGGACGCCGUGGAGCUGCGCGAGCUGAGCCCCUGGGCCGGCCGAGUCCCGGGGCCGCGCCGUCGGGCGGGGCCGCGGCGGCGGCGUGCGCGCGCCCGCGCGGGCACGCGGCCGUGCGGGCUGCGCGAGCUGGUGGUGAGCGUGAGCGAGCUGGGCCUGGGCUACACCACGGACGAGACGGUGUUGUUCCGCUACUGCGCAGGCGCGUGCGAGGCGGCCGCGCGCGUCUACGACCUGGGGCUGCGGCGCCUGCGCCAGCGGCGGCGCGUGCGGCGCGAGCGCGUGCGCGCGCAGCCCUGCUGCCGCCCGACGGCCUACGAGGACGAGGUCUCCUUCAUGGACGUGCACAGCCGCUACCACACCGUGCACGAGCUGUCGGCGCGCGAGUGCGCCUGCGUGUGACCCUACCUCAGCCGGCUCGCCCCGACGGCCGCGGACUGCGCCUGCGCCCAGGCUGCCGGGCCCACCUCGGCACCUCGGGCGAGGGCUGUG